UGAUAUAUUUUAGGUUUUAGGUUAGAAUUAGGAGUAAGAAGAGAACAAGUAAGAAGGUGGUUUGUUUGUUGAUUUUAAAAUACAAUUAAACCAUGAUUACUUUAACAACAAAAUACAUACGCUCACUAACUUCUACAAUUAGUAGAACGUAUUCCCGAGCUAAUAGAGCUAAAACCGACCCGGGUAUUCACAAAAGAAAAGUUGUAUUGGGGCCUCAAGAGUUUCAGCAAGAAUAUCAAGACAUGGAAUUUGAUGAUCUAGAGACUGAUUUCAUGGAUGUACAUAAAAGCUAUAAACAACAUAUGGAAGAAGUAAAAGUUAGAAAUGAACAGCUUAAAUACAUGAUAGUUAAAAACAAGUAUUUUAAAGAGAAAUUUCCCAAUUUUCUCACAUGGAGUGAUAAAGAACAAAUGAGACUACUUCAUAGUACAGAUCCUGAGGAGUGGACCAUAGAAAAGUUAUCAGAGAGUUUUCCUGCUUUGCCUGAAGUUAUUAAAAAAGUCCUAAAAGCAAAAUUUUCAAAGGCUGACUCAAAAAUGAAAAAUCAUGAUGCCACAGUGGAAAAAAAUUGGCAGGAAUUUAGAAAAGGCAAAUUAAAAGAUUUGCCUCCGGAUUUAGUAGAACAUUUAAAGAAAUUUACAAAUAGAAAAGUUAAUGUUCAUUUGGACAAUAAGAAAAAAGAAAUUGUGAAUAGACCAAAAAUUCAGUCAGAGUUUUCUGAAAUAAUAACUGGUUACCAAAGGUUAAAAACCAAGGUAGAGACUGAAAAAAAUGAAGUUGUUAAAGUAAAUUUUAAUAAAAAUAUAAAAUCAAGAGAAAGUCUUGAAAAGGACACUUACCUACCUAUUAAAAAAGAAGACAUUAAAGACAAAAAGCCAAUUACUCUAACCCAAUUAAGUGAUACAAUUGAAAGAAAAGCAAGCAGAGGAUUAGGUUUAAGUGCAGAAGAGAAAAAUAUUUAUGUUAGGACACACCAACAAGAAGAAGAUGUGGUAGUACUAAAUAAGGAAGAUGUCUCAGUUAUUUCAGAAAACAAAUAUACAAAUAAUACAGGAUCCUCUUUGACUGUAAAAACUGAAAGAGACUAUUCACACUUGAUCUAUCCAGAGAGGAUAGUGAUUCCAAAGAAGUUAAUAAAGAAGGGUUAUACAUAUAGAUUAAAUGAUUGUUAUUACGAUUAUGAUGGAGAAUUUUUAUAUAGAGUACCUGGCAUGGGAUAAAUAAAACUUUAAUUGAU